GUCGCUGUCGCGGCAGAAGGACAACGAUGAUGAUGAUGGUGCUGCGAGUGUUGUUUGCAGUCGUGUUUGUUGUUGUGCUAAUGUCCUCCUCGACUUUGGCGAGGGAAGACGGGAAUGAGCAACGACAAUUUGCCCGGUUUGUGGUUCGGUCCGUGUACGGCGCCGAGGAUGCGACCCUGCUGGUACCGCUUCAGGAAGACAUCGCACAACACAUCCAAACAACGUACCCGACGCUUGAGAACGCCGGCGUUGCGGUGGAGAAACCGCAACGCGAGGUGCUGCUGGUGAUUCUGUCCAAUGUCACUCGGGAUGAUGCGCAGCCGCUUCAAUCCGAUCUGGAGACUGGCGACAUUCUCAUCUUCCAUCAAACACGCGACGGCACGUCGAUGCUGUUCCACGCAGAUGCAGCAUCCUUUGUCUUCAGCAGCCGGCGUGAUGCGCUGUCUGCUGAUUUGGCGGAAACGGUUCAGGAUGAAGGGGGUUCUGGGUACACGGUUGGCCAAGGCGUCGGCGUGUUCUUUGGAUCGGUCAUUGGCGUGCUGCUUGUCGUAGCCCUCGUCUUUGUCCUCGUUCAUCGAUCAAACGCAUCGCUUGUCUUGGAGAAGCCACCAAAGGCGCACGGAGCAAAACAGCAGCACCAACCGUUCUCCCCGUUCCAGGCGGGCAACCCGAUGCGAUAUGCGUCCGUUGGAUCUGUCACUGCCGUCACGUCAAAGACGUCACUCUUUCCGUCGCACCAGCAGUCCUCAUCGUCCGCAUAGGUGGCCGCAACAAAAGAGGGAAACGCACAACAUGCUGUUGCGGCGCACCACACACACACACACACACACACACA